AAAGAUUCACUGUACUCACAAAAUUCAUCGUACAUUGUUGUCGUGGCAAUCGACUUUGGCACCACCUACAGUGGAUUUGCCUUUUCAUUCGUCAAAGACCAUGGAACGAGUCGAGUAUUCAAGAGCAGAGGAUGGGUGAAUGAAGACGGUAAUUCGACAGAAAAGACACCCACGUGCUUGCUCCUUAAUCCAGACCUUUCAUUUGAUUCUUUUGGAUAUGAAGCAGUAGAGAAGUAUGCACAUCUUCAAGAAGAAUCAAGUGAACAAGCAUAUUACUUUUUAAAACAUUUUAAGAUGAAUCUUCACAACGACCAGGUGAAGUACAGUAGUAGUUGUACAUGCUAAGAUUACUCAGGGAUUCGGUCAUGUUCGGACAUAUUUAAUAAUUUAAAACUGCUUUUACAACUGCGAUGAUCAUAUUCUCAUUCAGUGUUUUAUUCUUUUCCCUCAAUCACUGGUUAAAAUGAACUGUCAUUGUUCAUAGCCCGGUUGAUUGGGCACUGUAUCGCCAAAACAGAGGCCAGGGACCUGUUUCUCGAACGUCCCGGUAACGUCUCGGGCCCGGAAAGCUGCUUUCUGUUUGCCGCUUUUACAUCCAAGAUCAAAGUUCAAUUGAAAUUUAAAACGAAACCAUCAGUUAACAAAGCAAAAUUGACUGGUGUGGUACUAUUUUUUGAUUCACUUUAAAAUUGGCCCUCAGAACGGAAAAGGUUCCAGGCUUUUCGAAAAACGGGCCCCCCGGCAGGGAUCGAAUCUCGUUGAAGCCGCCCCGAAACUAUUUUCGGGUAAGUUGCAAUUUCUUAAAUUGCUAUCAUAACUGCGACGAUCAUAUCUUCAUAUUAUCAAUCACUGUAAGUGCAUGAGUUGUAGGGGUCACUAGUUUUUUGCGAAACACGAUUGAAUUUAUCAUUAUUUUUGGUAAUAGAUAGUGGUUAUUGAAAAUUAAUGCGAGAUGAGUUACCAUUUGAUAUAAUAGACCUCUUUAGCUUGUUUGUUUCGUUUUUCUAUCGUAGAUCUCAAGGAAAUUCACCUUUAUCUUCUGCUAAAUUAGGCGACAUAUACACAUGGAUGAGAAGAAGUUUGAAAGAAUCAGUUCUCGCAUAAGCUACAUCCCUACAUUGGGAAAUCGAGACAUACAAGUUAUGGAGGUCUAAGUUGAAGCCUAACUUGUCUGCUUAGUCUCUGCUUUAUUUCAUCACUUACCAUUUCUUUACAAUUUCAGUUUGUUUACCCCUACACUCUGAAGACUUGACCAACUACUUGACUUCAUCAUUUGCCAUUUCUGUACAAUUUCAAUGUGUUUAUUUCUAGACUGUCAGUACGGAAACAACUAUAGAAGCAGCGAAUGGAAAGUGCGUCCGAGCCUUGAAAGUGUUUUCUCACUCAAUUAAGUUUCUGAAAGAUGAAGCUCUUAAGGUCAUUUGUGAACGGACUGGAGAUGAAUAUUUCAACGUAAAAGACAUCCAGUGGGUGCUAACUGUUCCAGCUAUAUGGACCCCGGUGGCAAAACAAUUCAUGAGAGAGGCUGCUUAUGAGGUUAGGCUCUAUAGUGAUUUUUUGUCCCUUUGUUUAGUCAUGUUGCUUGCUUGAUUUUAUUUCUAAGAGUCCUUUUGCUUAGUUAAAAUUUAUUCUUUGUUAAUGGAUAUGUAUAGAUCGAUUCAAAAAAGACUACUACUUGUGUUAGAAGGAGCGCUAUAUAUAUAGAAAUAAUAUAAUAUAGAUUACUGGAGUCGGACAUAUAUACACAUGCAUUUUUGACCAAGCGCUCCAGGCUCCUCCCCCAAGAAAUGACAGAAGAGUUUGUCCUUACUGCUACGGUGGCCUUUAUUUUCGAACUGUUUUGUGAUCACUCAGGCCUGUUUGGGAUCCUCUACUAAUCCAGAACAAAUAAUGAUAGCACUUGAACCAGAAGCUGCUGCACUUUCCUGUCUGGAGAAAAGCAUGAGCGACUUUCGGUCUGAGACUGGCAGUGGGUCUGUAAAGGGAUUGCUGACACAAAAUACUCAUUACAUGGCCGUUGAUAUCGGAGGUAAGUUGAUAGAUCAUGAUGUUAACGUUAUAUCACCGGUGUGUACCGCUGAACAGGGUAUGGUUUAAAAACAGUGUGGUAUACAAUGUCACUAUUUGCCAACUUGAACAAAAUAUGUACUCUUUUUAGAUUAAUUUUCCCCUUUCCUAAAAAGUUGAACAGCCACAAUUCCAUGCGAAGGACUAUGAAUUGUCAACAAAACUGGCUUUAAAAAAGAAAGGCAAAGGGGAAAAAUAGAGCGAGAAAGACAGAUCGAAAUAGCUUCGCAAAAAGAAACAACAACAAAGUCCAAAUUAAUUUUGCUCAUGCGCAUGCACCAAAACCGAAAAACCAGCUUAACCAGUGUUAAUUAUCCAAAUAGCAGUAAAUAUAUAUAUAUAUAUAUAUAUAUAUAUAUAUCCUUAGUGUUGAAAAUCUCAUUCCCUUUCCAAUCAGGUAAAACCUGGUCCAAAAAACAAAAAAGAGGAGUUGUUUAAAAAUGCGGUGUUUUAGCUACUCGCUGGCGGUCGUUAAAGGAUUAAAUGAGUGUAAAGGUUGGCGAUGAGCGGUCCACAAUUUUUUUCAUGAAAAUCGAAUUCCAAGAUCUUACUUAAAAAGUACUUAUUUGUACCCUAAACGAAAUGUAUCAGGGUCAUGAAAUAAGGUCUCUUGUCUUAACAAGAAAUCUCCCUAAAAAACGCUUAAAUUGUUUUCAACAGCUCCUAAUUUGAAUAGAAGUAGUGCAAGCAUGACGUGGAAUUAUCGAAUACACUCUAAUCAGACAUCACUGAUGACAUUUAGCCGUACAUUUUGUAUCAUAAUAACAUCUGGAAUAUGCUUUAUAGAGUUUACAGUAAAGAGUAUCGCUAGUAUAUGAGGCUUUGCUUCAUACCACAAUGCCCUGCUGAUCAUUGCUCCUAGUGAAAGAGCACGAUUACUCUCAUCCCUUUCAUUUCAAUUAAUACUCUGCCGAAUGAUGUAUUAAGAUGCAUGGUAAAGGACACAUGUUUGGGAUGUUUUUGAAACUUUGUUUUGGUACCUUUUUGGUGAAUUAUACUCUUAACUACACUUAUAUUCUUGCGCUUUCCUGCAAAAGGAACGCUAAAAUUACUACCUUUUCUAAGUUUGAAUCAUUGUGAUCAGUAAUUUUUCUUUUCUUUUUUCUUUUUGUUUUGUCGUUUGUUUUGUUUUUUUUUUCUAUGCUAUUCAGGGGGUACUCUUGACGUUACUGUACACGAGAUACAGAUGAACGGUUCUAUCAAAGAAAUCCACGAAGUUACAGGAGGUCAAUAUGGCGGUAGUAAAGUGAAUCAACAAUUUGAGAACCUUCUGGAUGAGCUGUUUGGAGAAGAGAAUGUCCGAAGUUAUCGUCGGAAGUUUUGUUCCGACUGGUUAUCCUUAACGAACAAAUUUGAAGCCAAAAAACGAAGUGACCGAAUCUUACAAGAAACAACGAUGACAAAUAUUCCACUACCACGCAGUUUCGUGUAUCAGUUGAACAGGAAACAGACUCCAGCUAUGCAUGCCUAUGUGAGAAAAGGUGACAUAACGCUGAAGAACGACGAAUACCUCUCCCUUAGUUCAGGAAUGAUGAAGAAACUGUUCAAACCCGCCAUUGAUUGCAUCAAGGACCACCUGAAAGGCCUGCUGCAAGAACCGAAGCUGUCUAAAGUAAAAACCAUGCUGCUGGUUGGCGGUUUUGCUGAUUCUGCCCUUCUCCAACAGAAAAUCAAAGAAGCUUUUUCGAGACAAGUCAGAGUGCUGGUUCCAAACAAUGCCAGCGCAGCGGUCGUUGAGGGUGCCGUGGUAUUUGGAAAGCAGCCUGGAAAAAUUACAGAAAGAGUGGUUUCUACGACGUAUGGCGCUGGUUGUUCGCGGAAUUUCAAUUAUGGUGUGCAUCCGGAGGAGAAGAAAUUCAUUGCAGAUGGCGUCGAGAAGUGUAAAGAUCUUUUUAAUCUAUUUGUACUUGAGAAUUCCUCAGUGCGAUUUGGGCAAAAAGUUACAAAAGAAUACUCACCUCUUUACGCCAACGACAAAGAAAUAACCUAUGACUUUUAUUCAGCCAGCUAUCCAGAUACCCAGUUUACUACAGAUUUUGGCGUCAAAAAGCUCGGGAGUGUCACGGUUCUGUCGCCUGACACAUGGAGAGGUAAAGACAGAGACCUUGAAGUCAGCAUGUAUUUUGGUGGAACAGAAAUCACCGCCACAGCCCGUGAUGUUUCAAGUGGAAACGUGGCCCAAACUAAAAUUGACUUUUUGCAUAAAUAA